CACAGCAGACGACAGAACACAUCGAGUAAGUAGGCCUAUAUUAUUGACAUCCAAGUCAGUGGUAAGAAUGGGGGAUAGCAGCUGUCUGUCCCAGUACUAUGAGGAGCAGGUGCGGCCUUGCAUUGACCUGGUGGACUCCCUGAGGUCUCUGGGAGUGGAGCAGGACCUGGCUCUGCCUGCCAUCGCUGUCAUAGGCGACCAGAGCUCAGGGAAGAGCUCAGUGCUGGAAGCCCUCUCUGGGGUGGCACUGCCCAGGGGCACAGGUAUUGUGACACGCUGUCCACUGGUGCUGGAGUUGAAGAGAGUUAGCCAUGGCACUGCUUGGUCUGGGCUGCUUUCAUACGAGGGACACUCAAAUCCAGUGGAACUCGGAAAACCAGAAGAGGUUGGAGAUGCAGUCAUAAGAGUCCAGAAUCAUCUUGCAGGUGAGGGGAGAGACAUCAGUGACAAGAGAAUCCACCUGGAGAUCAAUGCCACCAAUGUCCCUGAUCUGACUCUCAUUGAUCUGCCAGGCAUCGCUAGAGUCGCCACAGUUGACCAGUCUGAUGAUAUUGAAGAAAAGAUUAAGAAACUAAUAGAGAAAUACAUGAAAAAGCAAGAGACCAUCAACUUGGUUGUGAUACCUGCAAAUGUUGACAUCGCCACCACUGAGGCUCUCAGGAUGGCUAGGAAGGUGGAUCCUGAUGGACAAAGGACGCUGGGCAUCCUGACGAAACCCGACCUGGUGGACAGAGGUGGAGAGGAGGGCAUCGUGAACACCCUCAACAACCAGGUCAUCAGGCUGGAGAAAGGAUUCAUGAUGGUGAGAUGUCGUGGUCAGCAAGACAUCAAUGACGACAUGUCUCUGGAGAAAGCUCUUAAGAAAGAGAAGGAGUUCUUCUCAAAUCACAAGCACUUUCGCAUUUUCCUGGAUGAAAGGAAAGCCUCUAUCCCCUACCUGUCGGAGAGAUUAACCAAGGAACUGGUGUAUCACAUCAGCAGGUCCCUUCCACUGCUGGAGAAACAGGUAACCGACAAACUGGAGCAGACAUCUGCACAUCUGAGGAUGCUGGGAGAUGGAAUCCCUGAAGAUGAAGGUGGCAGAGUUAAAUUCCUCAUUCGGAAAAUUGACGAAUUUAACCAGGUUCUCACAGACGUGGUCAAAGCAGAGGAGGAUCUAGGAGAGUCCGACACCCGGGUUUUCACAAAAAUUCGGAACUUGUUUAGUGUUUGGAAGGCAGAACUUGAUGAAAAAGACAGACGACUAAGACAGAAAAUAGAUGCAACAGCCAUGAAAGAAUAUGCUAAAAGUCACAGAGGAAAAGAGCUGCCAGGCUUUCUCAACUACAGGAUAUUUGAAGACCUUGUCAAGGGGCAUGUGAAAGAAUUAGAGUUCCCAGCAUUAGGUCUUCUGCAGAGUUGUAAAGAUGUCAUUUACACCAAUGUGAAUGAGAUCACCAAGAGCUUCUUUGAGAUGUAUCCCUACCUGAUGAGGAAAGCCAAGCAAAACCUGGAGAGCCUGAGGGAUCAGGAAUACAAGAGGGCAGAGGAGAAACUGAAGUCACAGUUCGCCAUGGAGAGAAUGGUCUACUCUGAAGACGGCCUGUACAUUGAAAAGUUCUUAGCUGUCAAAUCAGAAAUGGAGUCGGACAGGAAACAUUCCGAUUUUGAUGGGACGACUCAACAUCUGAGAGCCUACCUUAAAAUAACUACAGAUCGUUUAGCCAAUCAGGUGCCCCUGAUCGUGCUUCAUCACAUGCUGGACCAGUACAUUGCGAAGAUGAAGGAGGCCAUGUUGGGCAUAAUACGCCACAAGGACUUUGAGAAGUUUACAGAGGAGAAGUCUGAAAUUGCCCAGCAGAGGAGCUACCUCCACAGCAGAAUGGAACGCCUUGAGAGGGCCAGAGAAGCUCUCAUCAAAUUUGUACCAGUUUAAAUAUGCAGUGGGUCUAAGAGGGUAUAUCUUGUCCCAUAUCUCUCUCUCUCUCUGUCCCUCUCUCUGUACCUGUCUCUCUCUCUCGUUCUUGACAUUCUGUAAUCAAGAAAUGCAAAGCAGUUCAUAUUUUGAAAGAUGUUCAGUACAAUGCAAAUGCUUACUAGCAUGUUUCUGGACUGCAUAUGCUUAUACAU